AUGUCUGGGCCAUAUCGCUUUCAGGGAGAGUCGGCCAAGUCGCCACUUGAACGGUCCUCUUCGCCCUUCUCUGCCGGCCAGCCGGUGUCCUUCAAAACUAAUGUCAAUCGCGCAAAGACGAAGAAAUGGGUCACUGCAAAGAAGAAUGCGUACGAUGGAGACGACUGGGGUGGCUAUGAUGAAUACGACGAAUACGGCGUCGAGGAUGAGCCAGCGCCUGCACCAGCGCCGUCGCAGCAGCGGUACUAUGCUGGUGGACAGCCACAGCGCCAGUACACCGACCGCAGCUUCACCGAGCCCAUACAGCCAGGUGCUCCGGGGAGCGCGCGCAGGAACUCUUUCGAGGCGGGGGAGGAACACCGCGCCUUUUCAGCAUCAAUACCCCCACCACAACAGGGCGGCUAUGCGCAGCCGCAGCAUGGCGAGCGGCAGCGACAGACCAGCGGCACCAGCUCUGACAUGGGCCAUGAGCCACAGGGCCGCCGCGACUUCACUCCCUCUGCAAUGCCUCCGCCGCUGCAGACGCAGGUUUCGCCCAUGCCCUCGGACAUCAACUCCUCGCCUGCGCGUGCACAGUUCCCGCCGCGGAAGAGCAGCAUAAGCCAAACAGACGCGCCAGUCGCGACCUCUCCACGGCCACGAACGGGCAGUCACUCAGACAAGCCCCUGCCUUUUGUUCGGCCCUCGGACAUCUACAAGCGUGUAGAAGAAGAGCGGGAACGCGAGCGUGCAUCGCUCGACUCGUCACGGCCCAGUCUCGACUCACUCUCCUCUCGGCCCAAGGAUGACUUGCACUCCCCUACGUCAGAUGGCGGGAGACAUUUGCAGCCACUGGAGACGGUUGCAGAGCGCAAGAGCGAGUAUCUCCCCGACUUUGACGCAGCUUUUACGCGCGACAAGCAACCAGCAGCCAGCGCACAGUCGCAAGCAUCUGCGUCUGCUGUGUCACCGCCCAGCGACCAGGGUUUCCGCUCAGUAGUGGACCAAGCAUUUACGCGCAGCGAUGAACAGCGUUCGAUUCCUCCGACACCAAUAUCCAAAGAUGAUGAUUCGAGCAUGUCGAGGACGAACACCAGUAGCUCCACCGGUAUCAGCCCUAUAAUGAGUCGUGUACCCAGCGGCGCGACCUCUGCUAUCAAGCGCACCCAUGUCGGGGGCGAAGGUAGCACGCCCGCAAUCGAGGAGGAGCCCAAUGAUACCGCAACGUUUGUUCCCGGGGCAACUUCCACGUUUGCACAUGACCCUUCUCAUGCGGCUGCUCCAAACCCUGCCGCUGGCCAUUCUCGCAAUAUAUCCGCUUCCUCGAUACCUCGCAGUGGUCUUGCUACACCAACUCGUGGUGACAGUCCAGCACGGUCGCCUGUCGUUUCACCUCUAAAAGCCUUACCAGAGCCGAAGGCCGCUCAGAUAACAACAGGUAGUCCUGACGAGCCACGUGCAAUGGAAGGCGGACUCAGUGGCCCGUUACCAGCCUAUGCGGCUCGCGAAGCUGAUCUCGCAUCUGCGGCAAAGAGCAGCCCAGUAAAUGAGUCGCAUGGGCUUGGACUUGCCGAGCAGCGGGCUCAAGACGCAUACCUAGACUCCCAUGCUGAGCAGUCACCGAUCGAGGAUGCUCUGCCUCGCUCCCGGUCAGAGUCACCUAGCAAAGGCCGUGUACAAGCACUAGCUGGAAGAUUUGGCGAUGUUUCCCACUCGCGACGUGGAUCAACUCAGUCCAACAUAUCGAGGAACAGCAUGCAGUCAUGGGAAAAGAGUCAGCACAGUUCGCGUGCCCCUUCACCAACCAAGGGCAGUCCGAGCAAACCUAGCAGCCCUGUCAAGGAGUUCCGCCCGCAUCUUCCUGGUCAAUGGGAAUCGUACGCGACCACAGUAGCAACACCGUUGGACCAAGGCGAGCGGGACAGGAGCCUGGGUUCCGAACAAGACAAGGUCCCAGGGUCUUUGGAAGGCGCUGACUUGACACCAACCACAGCAAAGCAUCCGGUAGAUGAGAUCAAGUCUGACGAUGGCAUCGAUCCUAUUGUAGCCUUGAAGAAUGCUGGCGCAGCUAUGGCUCAAUCUUUCAAGACCACUGUUGGCAUGGACGAUGCCUCUUCUGAGCCUAAUGACAAGCCAGCGGGCAAUGCCAAAGGCCCUUCAUAUGGCGACAUGUACAUGCCUCGCCCUCUGCAGUUGGAGCGGACUGUAUCAUCACUGUCAACUAUACCACCCACUCCACCCGCAAAGGAUACGCCGAGGAGCGAGGAACCCCCGCAGCUACCAUCGAAGGACUCAGACGCAAGUACUCCGGUUCAGAACAAGCGCCCUGACUUCUUUCCGCAACUGAGUACUCAACCUUCGGCCGAUGAUCAAGAAAGCGACCGCCUGAGAAAGGAGAUUGUUGCUAGUCUCACACCUGUGGCUUCAGCAGAUCCUCUCCGCAGCUCGUUGCAGCCAGCAAGUCCGGGGGCGAACCGUGCAAGUUCGAUUUUGCCAGCCGAGUAUGACAGCUACUGGGCCGAUGGUGACAAUGGCAUAUCACCCCAACCCUCGCAGGAAAUUGGGCACAGCACUCCUCCGAGCUCGUCGGCAGCUGUUGCUCCUGUGGUGAUACAGACUGAAGAGCCAUUGAAGCCAUCUAUGCUUAAUCGCUUCAGCUGGGAGAAUAAUGCACCCCAAUUAGCGGUUCUCGACAGUGUCGCUGAAGCCAGCGCUGUACCUGAGCCUACCAAGGCCUCUAACGAGGAAAGCAUUUCUCGGUCAACCGAGAGUGCUGUGGAGGAGCGUCAGCAGCUGCCUGAAGAUCUUUCCGAUCCAUACUUUGGCCCUGGACACACUAUCACCAUUACGAAGCCGGAGCCCAUGACGGAACUUGAACCCUCCGCUCGUUCUCCCGCAGUCCCAGUUGACAGCACCUCGCUUGCUAGCACCACACGGGAACAUAAUGGAUCUCCUCCUGGGUUACAUGUAGUCAACUCUGCUGUCGAUCCUGAAGCUGUUGAUCUUCCUCCACGUCUUAGUGCUGACGUCGAGGCGCAAAAACGCCAGGUUGAAGACGAUCUCAAGGUAUUGCAACGAGAGGUGGACGGAGAGAGACCCAAUCCCGCAAUCUCAGCUGCCGUCAGCGUGCCUGAACCACAGACACCGACGCACACAACUGCUCAGGCACCUCAAGCCUUAUCUCCCACUUCUGGUAAGCCGCUGGGUACACGGGAAAUUGCAACAAUUGGGACAGCUGCUGAGCGCAUUGCCACCUACAAUCAAACUCGAGAGCAUUGGGCAACGCAAGACCACGGACUUGGAAGCUGGCUGGCAUCUACUCUGGAAGCGAACCCGGAACUUGUCUCGCAGACUAUCCCGGUUCAACGUGUGCCUACAGGCACAGCUCUCCGACUUCCGGGGGGCGAGUCGCAAGCCGACAAAUUGGAGGCCAAGGGCAAGGAUCUUCUUCACACAGCUAAUGUGUUAAGUGGGAAAGGAUUGACCAGCGCGAAGGGAUUGUUUGCCAAGGGCAAAAGUCGAUUUGGUCGUGAAAAGUUUAUCAAGUAUUCCAUGCCUUCUUCACGCGAAGCAUCUGAAGAGCCUGAAUUUACAGCAGCAGCAUCACGAAGAUCUACAUCAGCGACUACAGUCACCGACAAGCAUAUGCGACAACCUACAGCCGAUAUUGACAGUCCGUGGGAAGAGAGGAGGAAGAGACGAUUUUCAAUCAAUUCAUUCCGUCGUUCAAGUCGUUCUCGCUCCCGGCCUAACAGUAUUGCAUUACCACCUAUUGGCCCCUUUCCUUCCUCGACGCCGAAAGGGACGCCGCCUCGAGAGGUUUCGCGCAUACUAGAAGACGAGAAAAGCUGGACACAUACUUUCCAUGCACCAGACUCCUGGGGAGUAAGGCCUAGCCAACAGCAGGUAAAAGCCGAUGAAGUCUUGUCCACUCCGCCCAGAGAACAGUCGCAGCCGCAGCAGUCACGCUUGGGCAUUCUGCCAUCGCCAGCCAAGAGUGUUUUUUCAGCCCACGAUAAGGAUAGCGAGCAGAUUAUUCCACCAGUGCCUUUAAUCCCAGACACAGUACGCCUAAGUCACGAUGUAAGCCACGAAGUACUUCAGUCUGUUAUUAGAUAUGCCACUCCACCAAUUCCCACAAUAAGCGAGGCUAGGGCGCUGGCGAAAAGUCCUGUACUUCAACAUGAGGUGCCAGAGGUAGGCAAUCGGGAAGGACCCGCGCUUCCCAAUGUUAGCAGGACACAACCCCAAGUUGAGCACGAUCAAUGGCCGCUAGUGAGCGAUUUCCCACCUGGAGCAAGUGUUUCGCCCAGCAGUAUCGGGCAGACGUCAACACGGCCUGCCCUGGAUUCGCGACCUGCUCAUUCAUCUCGCUUCGGCCCAGCGAUAUCUACGAAAGCACCCCAGAAUUUGAAGCACACUGGCCAAAGCGAUUUCGAUGAUGAUGAUCAGCCGCCCCGUCUCAGCUACGAGCCUCUACCAGAAAGGAGCGAGCCUGUGGAACUUCCAGCAUAUCUUGUACCUUCGCAUCUCGACGUGAGUGACGACGAAGGCUACAACCAGGCUGACCCUAGCAACACUUCGCUUUUGACAGCACCACAAGCACAUGGUAGGGAGCUUGUCAGUCCCCUGAUACAGCCCACGGAGCCACCGCUGAAUGCAAUGUCCGAUCACAAUCGCUUAAUAAGUCUAGCUCGCGGUUCAACCUGCAAACAUGACGACGAUAACACUGGAGCCGGUGCACAAGCACGUGUUCUGCCACGUGGACCACCGAGUGCACCAGCGUCUGGUUCUACAAACAGCAGGCCUGAAGCCUUGGGGGUUCAGCAUACCUCCUUAGUAGGCGAGCCAAAAGCGACAUCAACAUCAAGAUUCCAGAUAGCAAAGACAUCUUUGGACGCGGUCACCGAGGCAAGAAUCUCUAGCGAUGCGUCCUCUGUUGAUCAAGCGAUCUCCCCAGCCCCUGUAUGGUACGCAAGCGAGUUGCGACCCCCUAAAAUGCGAGCGCAGGGGGCUACAGGCUCACAUACAGCUGCGCAUAAACGCCUUGGCGGUGAGGGGGAGGAAAACACAGUUGUAGGCUCCCAAGCUGAGGUCGAAGAGGUACAGGGCAUGCUUCCCGCCCCGGACACGGUUGGUAGCGCUGACGGGACGACGCACGAGCCACAUGCAUGGCGCGGCGCUGUUCACGUCGCUCGCGCCGCUCGCGCCGUUCAGGAGAAUGGCGCGUCGAAUUCAUCCUUUGCAUCAUGGGAUCGCGAUAGUGCUUCCGCUAAUUCGGUUUCUGGUAGCAGGCAAACCAGCGAAAUGAGGAACGAGAGCGAACUCGUUACACCCAUCGCGCCGGUGCCGAAGAUUGUUCAACAUGCCCAGGCUGACGAGGCUGAACGGUCGAAUAACAACGCAAGACAUGUAGCAGCGCCGAAUGGCUACUUCGAGGGCCAUGAAAUCCCCUCGCAUACCAUUCGCCUUCCACAGCAGCAAUCUUCGGAAUUGACAGUUCCUGAGAGGUCCAAAUCGAUGCUGUCAAUGAUAUCUUCCAUGGUCUCGGAAGGCGGCACUCCAGUCUCGCCCGCUUCGAGCAAUGCUGGACGCUCUACUCCGUCAACAAUUCGUCGCAUGUACCACGACUCUGCAGGCAAAAACCCUUCAACAUCUGAUCGUAUUCCGGAAGAGUCUUCAACAACAAAUGGAGAUCAUACGCCCACUGGUACCGACGACGAUUUUGAUCUUUAUGCUGAUCCACGGGACGAGAGAAUUCAGCCCGUCAAGCCUGAAGAACCUGCUGCAGGGGGUUUAAAAGAGGCGCAUCGCGAGGACGGGCGAAGAUACAGCACAGAAAGGCCAAUGAGUUUCAUUUCUGGCCCCACCGAUCAGGAUGGCAGACCGCAAGACCAACUCAAUCAGCCUUUGAAGCAGGGCAAUUUACCCACACGUUCAAUCGCCGAGCAAGGUUCCAUGCAAAAUCAACAGCCCAGUCAUGUUUCGAACAGUGCGGUGUACUCCACGAUGUCACCAGAUUCAGUUCUCCAGCAGUCAAACAUGUUCAGCACGCCGCAACUUGGAUCUCAAGAGCACCCACGGACCCAAGUACCUGCAGCACAGACUUCCGAUCCACGUGAACAGUCAGGCUCAACCUUAUCUCAACCACAGUUGGCGAACGGACAUGCGUCUCAACCUUCUCAAAUGGUUAAUCACGGAGUUCAAGGUCCUCACAUAUAUGGCGGGCCAGGACAGUCUAUGCCGCAACAGACUGGCAUGUCAGGACAAAUUACGGCACCUCAACACGGAUAUCAUCUUGCAAGGCAACAGCCUGGGUCCCUGCCGACACCGAGAAGCGAGUACGAAUUGCAGCAACAAAGGAUGCAACUCCAAGGACAGUAUCAUCAACAAGGUGGGGCUGGUGCUGGUCUUUAUGGUGGCCCACAAGUGUCUGCACAGCAACCCUCGAAGCAACAGGAAAAGUCGUCAUCUAUGCCGAAGCUAUCUGCAGUUUUCAAGAAUCUCGGUGGCAAGUUACAAGGAAACCAUGCAAAUGCGCCUAAUGCCGCAGUAACCCAUAACCAACAUCAGGCGGCAAUCGAUCCGAACAGAAAUGCUUCAUAUCAUUCAGGCGUAAGCAGUCUACACCCUGAGCAACCAAGACUUGGAAAUCAAGCUGUAUCGUCUGCGUCACCAAAUCGGCCGCCUAGCAAUGGGGCCGAAUCGCAUUUCAGCCACGGUAGCCAAGGCUCUACUCAUGCUCAACCAACUCAUUCUCGUGUCGAUCUAAGGAAGCCCGCUAGCCCCAUGCCAUUCCAAGGCAUCCCGCCACAGAUUUUACCUCAUGGUCCUCCAAAGCAUAAUACUCAGCCACCGUCACAUCAAACACACGUGAGCGGCGGUCCAGAGACAGGGAAGAAGAAAAGGUUCUCUUCAUUGGGCAAUAUGUUCAGUCGAGUCAAUGAGCCCAAGUUGUCGAAAGAGCAGAAGAAGGCUCAAAAGGCACAGCGACAGUCUGCUCCGCUACAGAUGCAAGGCGCACCAACGCAAUGGCCUCCACUGCAGCCACAAUUUCGGCCUCAGCAAAAUGGCAUGCCGUACACUCCUGGGCAAUACCCCCCGGGACACUACCCUCCGCAGCAGAUGCAGACUAUAGGCCCGCAAUUUGCUCCUGCACAGACAAUGUCACCUGCGAGCUUACAAGGUGCGCAGGGUAUGGAUCCCUACGGACCAUCGCAGCAUUAUCAACAGGCGCAGCCCAGGUUGCCUUCGCAGCAGCCCCCGCAAGCAAUUCCAUCAGAUCAAGGCUCUGCAUAUUUGAGUACAAGACAACUGGCUGAACAACAUAAAGCUCUGCAAGUACUUACAGCUGUUGGCCAAACUAUGGGACCAAAAUCUCCGCCAACGACACAGCCCACAAGUCUGCCCAUUGGUCACCAUGCUCAGCAGCCUCAACAGCCAAACUAUGGUCCUCCUCCUGGCGGGUACUAUAAUACAAAACAGACUCGUAUCGUGCCUGAUCAAGGGGUGGCUUUCAAUGCGAACCAAAUACCUCGGCAAGCCGUAGAUCAGCUGCGUCAAAACGACUCGCCAAGCCAAGGAACAGAUGGGAUUCCUCCGACUGAUCGUCGACAACCUUCAGCGCAGGAGAUAGAAGCUUAUAGGGCGUUGCACGCGGAACGGCUUCGACUGGAACAAAUUCGCCUACAGCUUGAAUCUGAGCGACGUGGUAUCAACGGACCUACCGCAGAACAAGCACAGUAUCAACAUGGACGACCAGAGCCUCGCAAGGAUUCUUCCAGCGCUUCGAUGGCUCAGCGUCAACAGCCCCAGCAAGAUCAGGUAUCUGGCUUGCGAUCUGAUCAUUUGCAUCCUGAUAAAGCCCGUCAACAUGAUGACUCUAUGAACGGAAACGUCGAUGCCUCGAACGACGAUCUCCGGAGACACCAAGAGCGAGAGCAAAUAGAAGAACAGCUUCGCUCGCGACCAAAUCCAGAGACAGAGCCACCCGCCUUCAACCAACGCGCAGUUUCUGGGCCAUUGCCCAAUCAUAGCGUCCAAAAUCAGGUGCCGACUACACAGCGUCACGUCAGUACGCCAAUUGAACCUCAGUAUGAGACACCUCAAAUUCCUGCAGCAUACAGCCAUGUGUCAGGCGCGUUCAUUUCGCCAAUAGACAGGGAGCAGUCUCGGUUCGUGGCAAGUGCCCAGUCGGAGAUACAGCCUGAGCAGUAUCACAGACAAUAUUCCGAUCCACGCAUGCCAACGAUAUCACCACAAGUGUCCGCACAGUCUCAAAUGCCGCCUAAUAACAGAACCCAUUCCGACGCAAGCACUGUUUCUGUAGUCUCACCUAUUGGAGCUCCUGCUCAGAGUGUACCAAUCGUACCCUCUCUGCCCGAUCAGCGGACACAUAAGUCAAGGAUGAGCAGCAUAUCUGAAGUUCAAGGCACGUCGGAACGACCGUGGCAUCUUGACGUCCCCGAAGGCGCUACGGAGCAAGAAAUUGUUCGAGCACGUCAAAAGCAAUUUAUGCAACAGCAGUUCACUGUGCGGGAGCAACAACAUGCUGAGCGAGUAAAGCAGUCACCUUCGCCACGUGCCUCGCCCCAUAGUCCAUCAUUUUCACAGCCUUUGAUGCAGAAGUCCGUACCUCAGCAACAAGACGGGGGUUAUAGGGAGCUUCUACCACGUACCUCUCCACAGCCUUAUCAACAGCAUCAGUCUCCACGUGACAUGGACCAGGACAAGUCUGGUGGAAGUCCACAACUCCCACUCCUUGCGUCGCUUCGAUCAGAGCAACCUCAUCAGCCUGCAGCUUAUCCUCUACCCAUGUCACCUGAUGCAAACAGAAGCAUGAGCUCCGCAAACCCGCUUGAGAAUCUACUCCCAGCUCCACCGCUGUCACUACCAAAAUCGCCCCACAGCCCUAUGCAUCCAAGGACGAUGGCCUCUCAUCCUUCACCGUCCCCUGGACAGCAAGAUACAGGUGUGAAUCGCGAGCAGUACGAGCCUUCACUCCCACAAGACGAGCACUAUUCACAGCCACCACAUGAAGAAUCGUCGUAUGAACGGUCCCUAGUAGAUGAACCUCCUCCAUCCUAUGACGGUCCUGGUGUACCCAACGACGGGCUGAACAAGAGCCGCCCAGAGCAACCACGCCCACCGAAUAUCGCAACCAAUGUUGAUCUCAACCCACGAGGCCGGCAGGAUGAAUAUCGAUCGCGUCAAGCCUCUAUAGGCAUCCUGCAGCACCCUCAGCCAGCAUCCAUGGCCGCAUCGCCUCAGCGAUCCGAAGCCGACAUGGGUGCAGAGUCUCUGCGCCGUCAACUCCUGCAGCAAGAGGAACACGCGCGCAUGGAACGCAUUCAGCGUGCUCAAAUCCAGCGUGCCGAGUCUGAACGUGAAAAGCAAGAACGCGAGGCUGCGCGAGCAAGGGCUCGAGAACUAGAGCGCAGUGUCUCUGGCGGUGCAGCUGUUGGUAGCAUACGCAGCGUUGGUGGCAGUCGCAAUGGUGGCCAGCCCGGUUGGGAACGACGUGGCAGUAGCAAUCGGCAGGUCUUUGAGCUGCCUGCUGUCGAAGACGACGAGCCGGCCAUGCGAGCUACUUCAUAUCCGGGACAGGAGUGGGUCCCACAGUAUUGGACCGACGACUGA